AUGGCCCACUUCGCUCGCGUUCCCCGCGAUGCACUCUACACCUCAACCGCAAGCCCUAUCGUGGACCUCCCGCAACCAAUAGCGCCUGCACCUACGGGCGAAAAGGUCGAUACCAUGACAUGGCAGCAGAAGCAGGAUUUCGACAUUCUGACCAACUCUGGCAGGCAGCGCCCUUCAAAGAACCGCAAGUGGCAGAAACUGGAACCCGCGUCCGACUAUGCGCUCGCCAAUAGCACAAUAGCUGGCAAGGACAAUAAGCGUCAUCAGGAGGAGGCCAUUGUGCCGCCUAUUGCCGAAGUAGGCCCCGACCCACGUGGUUGCGCGCCUGCCUCGCUUCACCAGAACGACUCACCUGCACCUGCCGAGCCAUCGCCUCCAGCUUCUGUUCACUCAAACCCCAACGAGAAAACUCGACAGAAACCCACUCCUCUCCCGAAGCAUCGUCGACGCAAGCCGAAAGCAGGUGCGAAAAUGACCGCAAUGGCUCUCCCGAGCGCGUACGUGCCCCCGCAUUUGCGCAAGAAGGCGACCACACCGAAGCCGAACGAGCCCAGCGCGGUCGCAAGUGGUUCGAAUGGUGCCAAGUCUCAAGGAGCGAGUUCUGCUCAAGCCAGCAAGCCCGGAGCUGCCGGUACGGACACCAACGGUACCAAGUCAGAAGGCAAGAGCCCAGUGCAGGCACAGUCAUCUUCUCAGGCUGCCGACCAUAGGCCAAAAUCCCCGCCGUCUCCACCAUCCACGCCUGUCGACAAGCAGGCAGAUGACGGCUGGGUGGGAUGGGACCCACCUAAGUCGCACUCACUUGCUCAAGUCCCCAAUCGGCAGAAUCCGCGAUGGCCAGCCCGGGUCGGAAAGCCCACACCAUACAAGUGGCCCAAGACUCGGGAUCUGAAGGCCCAACCGAUUGAUGAAGGGAGCGAUGGAGGUGUCAGCUUCAAGUCCAAUAGCAACGGCGACCCGGAUUAUGACGUCAAGAAGCUAAUGGAUUGGAACGGCGACUGGCUGCCGCCACCCGAGACAUGGAGCGCUCGGAAGGGCUUCACCGACCGACACUUUGGCGCGGGCAUAGAGACGUGGAUGAAUCGCCAGGACAAGAGCUGCACGGUAGAUUUGACGAAUGAGUUAGCUUCGUCUGACUACCUGGGCUACAAGGUCGAAGGCGAGUUCGUUUUGAAAGACGGUGAGGUGGUUGCGGACAGAUACAUCACCAAGGAAUUGGCUCCGCGGUCCUGGGUCCCGGUUCAGAUUGAGGGAGAUGCUCCCCAGCAGUUCUGGCGUGCAUUGCCGUCUCGUGCGCCGCCCCCGCUCAGCGACAUCGAUCUUACCGAGUCGCGACCGUUCUGGGAGGCAUAUCCGGGCGAGGGUAACAGCUGCUUCCUUCAACCGCACCAAGUGCCCGAGGCCAAGAUUGACGAGGCCGACGAAGAAAACCAGAUGGCGGGUGUUAAAUUGAACGCUACUCAGAUGCUCUACAGGAUCGAACGCGAGAAACAGAAUAAGCAGCGAAAGGCUCAUCUCAGACAGAACCGGCCAAUCCCCCCGUCGCCCCUUCCGGUUGUUCAGAUGCCUGACCGCCGCAUCCAGACGGACGUGAACGUCUACUUGCGCCCAGUGGUAGCGGCAGAUACGAAAGGAAUCAGGGAUAUCUACAACCAUUACGUGACUGAGUCUAUUAGCGCUCCCGAAUUUAGGCCACGCGGGCCCCAACAUAUCCACGACCGCAUCAGGACUAUUACGGACGAAGGACUCCCAUACAUUGUCGCCAUUGACAGGAAGAAUCAGCACUCAGGGGGUCAGACAUUUGGCCACGUCUCGGAGCGCAUCAUUGGUUUCGCCUACAUCGAUGACUUCUGCGACAAAGGGAGUAUGUAUCGGUUCACCUUCGAGCUCGAACUAUACGUUCACCCUGCCUAUACACGGAAAGGAAUAGCUAAGUGCCUCCUCGACCGACUUCUCGAGAUGGUCAACACCGGCUAUCCCGCGAGGAGUGGCUACAAAUGGCUCAACCGAGGCGAGUACCUCAAGCACGGGUCUAGUCGCGUUGUCAAGACCAUCAAUAUGUCCGUCCCGGUCGAACAGGGCAGUGAAGACAUGAAGUGGUUGAAGCCCUUCUUGAAGAAGUUUCAGUUCAGGGAGGCUGGGUACCUCAAGACGAUGGGAUACAAGCAAAACAAAGUUGUCGACGUCGCUAUCUUCCAACACAACACCACUGAGGCCCCCAACGCCUCCGUGCCCCCUUUCGAGCCUCUCUAA